AUGGCUCGCCAGCCAAAAGCGAUGGCUCCAUGGAUACAUGCUGGCUUCGUACGACGGACACUACAACCUCAUCGUUGUGGAUGCUUAGCGGAAUGGUCCAAAGUCAUUUACAUCACUUCAAUCUAUAUCCAAUCAACAUCCAACAUCAAACGAACUGGCUUUGCUCCAUGCGUUGUAGAGGAUUACUAUGGACUCGACGCGUCAUCCUACUACGCCACGAAGCGAUACAGCAGUCGGGAACCAGUUGGUGGCCACUGUUCACGUUUCCAUUUGGAGCCGCCGUGA